GGAAAACUCUCUUGCGUUUUCUCUUUCUUUGCUUCCAUACCACCCUAAAAGGAUCAGCUGAAGGCAAUCAAUUGGAUCCCACAUCCUAAGAAGAAAGAGGCACACCAGGCCAGGAGCCAACAGAAAAAAAUGAAAACUCUGCCACUGCUGUUGUGCAUCUGUGCACUGAGUGCUUGCUUCUCACUCAGUGAAGGUCAAAAACAGCAACGAGAAAUACUUCACAAAAAGAAUAAUCUCCGUCUGUAUAUAGUAGACCAUGGAUUGCCAUUUUAUCCCAAAUUACCACCUUACUGGAAUCCAUUCAUUCAAAAGCAGUCCCCUUUUAGUCAAUCCAGACGCCGAAAGAUUCGAAAGCCAAGAGGGAGAAAACCCACAAGGCCAAAACCUUCCUUGCCACCCAACUCUCCCAUUGAAAACAACACUGUGGUCAACAAUAACACCUCAGAGGCUACUACCCAAAUCCCACCUGUGACUCCCCCACCUACCAAAAUUAGUCCCCCUCCAAGUGUGACCUCUCCUGCUCAGAAGACUCCCACCACAUUUGCAAGAGACGAUAGCAGCCCUACAGGCUCUUCUGCAGCUGUAGCAACACCACAUUUCCCAGCUUCACCAGAAGACACAGCUGUCCCACCUACAGCUUCCCCAACUACACCAGCACCACCAAUCACCCCAGUUCCAGAGGAGACCACAGCUGCCCCAAACACCACACCUACUCCUUCCCUAACCACAGUCACACCUGAAAUUCCCAAAACUACAGCUGCACCCACAACCCAAACUACUGCUCUAGAUCCUAAUAAAAUUACUACUGCUGAAGAUACAACUUCAUCUGCUGUUAAAAAAAUAUUUCCUGAAUUCUUCUUAACUCUUAGUAAGCUGUGGGAGCAAAUUUUUAAUAUUGUAACAAAGAACUAGUACAUCAUACAUUGUGAAGUGUUCUGUCAUUAGAUAUGAUUUAUGAGUACAGAGCUAUCACUUUACUUUUGCCACCAAUCUCAAAGUGAAAUCAUAAUAUUACUCAAAUUUAAAGCACUAUCACUAAUCUUGGAAUCUAACUAUUCACCUCACAUGACCUAUUAGCAGGAAAAAUCACCUCUAUCCCACAGAUCAGGUGCCUGACCAUGAUUUAAGAUCACUUUAUGGAACCUACAGAGAUAGAUCACUGAGGGAAGAGAAAGCCAUUAGAUAAAGAAAGAAAACUGGAUCAGCAACCAUUUACUUUUCCCUAAAUGUUGGAAACUCUAAGGUGACUACAUUUUACCCCUAGUAUGCCUGAACUACCUAAUCGCACAAAUAUAAAGGGUUAAAAUUAGGUUUCUUCAAAUGAACAAAAACAUCUAUCAAUAGACUGACCUUUCUGUAUUACUGUAUUACUGAUUGGUAACAAAGAUCUUUAAAUCAUCUCAAAAGUUUAAAUGAAAUUGCAUCCCACAAAAUGUGAGCCAAGAAAGGGGAAAGUUGCUAUCAAGUGAAGAUUUGAAGUGACUAAAAAUGAAAUCUGGCAGCCAAGCACAAACCAGGACUCUGGACACUAUAUUUUUGAGAGCAUGUAAUUGUUUAGAGCUCUUAAUAGACAUUUAUUGUAUUAUAAUCUAAGUUAAGAUCUGAUGUGCUUGAUUCUAGCUUUUGUAAACCACAGAAGACUUUUUGUAUGUUCACAUGGUGCUCAUAAGAUUUUACUAUUAAUUCAAUUAAUUCAACUUACUAUUAAUUUAAUUCACAAUGUGGAAUAUAUCAAGAGUGAAUAUUUUCUAAAACUUUUUAUCUAUACAUUUCAAUGUAUUUUAAAGCAAACCAUCCCAAACUACUGCCCUGUUGUCUUGUUUACAAAGUUGUCUCUGAAAAUAAACCCUGAUUCUACUCAUAGAAGAAUAAAAACUAUCGACUUAAUAUAAAAAGAUGGUGUUAAUUUGGGAUGUGGAGGUAUUUUUAUUUUCUGUCACUACUACUAAGAAUUCUGAUGAUUGUACUUAGAUCUUUUGUCAAUAAUAAAUAUUGCACAUGGAAA